AUGGCUGACCGCUCUGUCGUCACCGUUUGGCAGUGGAACUGCCGUGGUUUUCGCCCCAAGCGUAACCACCUCCUUCUACACCUUCAACAACUGGGUCCCUCGGUCUCUCCUGACGUCAUCGUACUACAGGAGACUCACGCCACCAUUUCCCUCUCGGGUUACGUCGCCCACAACCAAGUAGCUCAUCACCCUCUGCCCCAUCCCGUCACGGCCAUCCUCACUCGGCGGACGCUCACGGUCAAUCGAGCCGAUCUGCCCUUCCCUACGGUCUACCAUGUCUUUAUCGAGGUCCUACCUCAGCGACGUGAAGACCCCUCUCUUUUUAUUCUUAAUGUUUACACCCUCCCACGCGUCACCAAACACUUGUCGCUCGUUGCUCUGCUCCGUGCCGCUGCAGCGAGAGCAGCCAAAUCCCCCCUCCUCGUUCUCGGUGACUUCAACGUCAGGCAUCCGGACUGGGGUUACUCCAAGGCCGAUGGCCCCGGCACGAGGCUGUGGCAGCUCGCACACGACCUCCACCUCUCCCUGCUCACCGACCCCACGCAACCCACGCGCAUCGGCAACAGCGUGUGCCGCGACAUCUCCUCCCUCGGCAGCGACCACUGCGUCCUCGCCAUCCAAGCCCGUACCUCCCCGUGCAAGCCGCGCCCACACGCGACCCGCUAUACGGAUUGGGAUGCGUUGCGAGCCCGCCGGCUGCACUCUGCCGCCCCCGACAUCGAGGACAUUUCGAUGUGGACCGACCAGCUACUGGCGGACCUCGACGGGGUCACCACCUCGAUCCCCACCACGGAGGACCAUCCGGCAAUUGACUCCCGCCUCGCCCAUCUGUUAGCCGCUCGCACGAGCCUCACCAACCGUUGGCACAAGCAACGUCACAACCGUCGCCUGCGCCGCCGCAUCGCAUACCUCGAUCGCGAGAUCGAGCAUCACACAACUGUGCUCGCCCGCCAACAGUGGGAGCAGCUUUGCUCAGGGAUCUCCGGUCAGUUGGGCUGCAAGCAAUCCUGGCAUCUCCGCCACCUCCUCGACCCUGCUUCCGCCAAGUCAGUCGCUCGGCAACAAUUACAACGCGUUGUCCGGGCCUACCCCGGCGACACACCGUCGCUAAUAGCAGACCUGGCCGCCAAAUACCUCCAGCUGCCACCCCCUGGCACCUCUUCUCCCCCUCUCGCGUCCUACUCCGGGGCCCCCAACCCCGAACUAGAUGCCGAUAUCACGGAAGCUGAAGUCUACGCGGCGCUACACAAGCUUCGCACCACCUCCGCCCCCGGUCCAGAUCGCAUUCCCAACAAAUUUCUCCGAAAUCUUGAUGCCCCUUCGGUCGUUGCCCUCACUUCGUUCCUGAAUGAGUGCUGGCGCUCCGGCAACCUCCCCCAGUCGUGGAAACACGCUCGCGUGGCUUUCAUGCCGAAGCCGGACGCUCACCACCUCCUUCCCCACAUCAUGAUUGGUUUCUGCCCCCACCUCUCCACACAAGACGUCCUCUUGCAACUCCACCACGACCUUCUCAAUCCGCCCACCGUCUCGGACACUAAGGCUCUCCUUAGCCUCGACCUUCACAAGGCGUUCGACAACGUCUCCCAUUUGGUUAUUCUUACCGAACUCGCCACCAUCAACCCCGGCUCUCGCACCUACCACUACAUUCGCUCCUUCCUCGCGGCCCGCACGGCCGAAAUCAUCGUGGGAGAUCUCUCGUCCACCACGUAUGCGCUUGGAUCUCGUGUUACCCCUCAGGGCACCGUCUUGUCGCUUUCUCUUUUUAAUCUCGCCCUUCGCUCACUUCCCGACAAGCUCGACCGUAUCCCCGAUCUCAAACACACCCUGUACGCGGACGACGCAACUCUUUGGGUCACGUCUGGCUCCGACGGGCACAUUGAGCAGACGUUGCAACGCGCAACUGACGUCGUCACAAGUCACGUGCACACGGCCGGUCUCGCUUGCUCGGCGGCCAAAUCGGCCCUCCUCCUCAUGCGGCCCCCCUACCGGCGUCACCACAAGACGCCUCACCCCACCAUCACGAUUCACGCCAAUUCCACUCCCGUUCCCGUCGUCUCGCAUCUCCGGGUGCUCGGGCUGAUAGUACAGUCAAACCGCCAUAAUGCUUACACCAUCGACCAGCUCUCGCUUUCGGUUUAG